AUGGACACAGUCGAGCACACGGACGGCAAGAAGUACGUUGUACUCACGGAGGGCGCGGCGUCGGUUCUGUACGAGAACGAGAACCAGGUGUUUUACAACCCCGUGCAGCGGUUUAAUCGGGAUCUGAGCACGCUCGCGAUCAGGGCUUGGUCGGAGGAGUUUAUGGAGAAGAGGAGUAGUAAGAAGAAGAAUAAUAAUAAGAGGAAGGCAAAGAAGAGGGCGGCGAAGGAUGGGGCAGCUGAGGUAGAGACUGCGGAAGAUAAAUCGACAGAGGCAAAGACUGAUGCUACGCCUGCAACUAUUACAGACCCGACUGAUUCGAAAGAAGAAAAGAAACCGCAGCCAUACCUCACGAUCCUCGAAGCUCUCUCCGCCACCGGUCUCCGCGCGAUCCGCUACGCGCUCGAAAUCCCAAACCUCAAGACCGUGAUCGCGAACGACUUCUCCGCCGCCGCCGUCUCCGCGAUCGAGCGCAACGUGAAAUACAACGCUGCGCCGGCAGCGCAAAUCGUCAAGCCCUCGCACGGCGACGCAAAUAUGGUCAUGUACUCCCACAAAUCAACGCCCUUCCACUGCAUCGACCUCGAUCCGUACGGCACCGCCGCGCCGUUCGUCGACGCGGCUGUCCAGGCUAUCGCCGACGACGGGCUGCUGCUCGUCACUUGCACCGACCUCGCUGUCCUGGCGGGGCAGGGAUAUCCCGAGAAAUGCUUCUCGAGCUACGGGGGCACGACGUCCAAGACUGAGUUCUGCCACGAGGCGGCGCUGAGGUUGGUGCUUAAUCUUGUCGCGACCACAGCGGCGAGAUAUGGCAAGGCUAUCGAGCCGCUUAUGAGUCUGUCGAUUGAUUUCUAUGUUCGGCUGUUUAUCCGCAUCAAGCAUUCGCCUUUCCAGGUCAAGUCUCUUGCGAGCAAUACAAUGGUGGCAUACACUUGCACGGGGUGCAACUCCACAUCGUGCCAGCCGCUGGGUCGGGUUGUUACCGACAAAGAAGGCACUCCUACCAAGCACUCGUUUCCUCGAGGACCACCCGUCGGUCCUAAAUGCGACAACUGCGGUUUUGUACAUCACAUGGCGGGUCCGAUGUGGGGCGGCCGCAUCCACAACAAAUCCUUCAUCUCAAAAGUCCAAGCGCUCGCAAAAACAGCCGACCCAGAAACCUACAAAACGCUCCCCCGCAUAAACUCGAUGCUCACCGUCGCCUCCGAAGAACUCGACGACGCGCCGUUCUACUUCACCCCGCAGAAAAUCUCGUCCGUGGUGCGCUGCACGUGUCCGACGCUCACCGGACUCGGCUCGGCGCUGCUGAACGCGGGGUAUAAAGUGUCGCCGACGCACGCGGCGCCGGGGGCGAUUAAGACGGAUGCGGGGUGGGAUAUUGUUUAUGAUGUGAUGAGGGAGUUUAUUAAAGAGCAUCCGGUUACAGAGAGUAAUAUCAAGCAGGGCUCGCCCGCGACCAAGAUCCUCGAGCGAAGGGAGCCAAAGAUCAAAAUCGACUUCACAGAGCACCCGGACGCCAACCCGCCAUCGCGAAAGAUUAAAAUCACGCGGUACCCACACAACCCCAAGAACUGGGGUCCGCUUCCGAGGGCGACGGGUGAUAAGCCUAAAAACAAAAACAAGGGUAAGCAGAUUAAGACUUCUGCUGUUGUUGAGAAGGUCGCUGCGGAGGUGGGAGGAGCGAAGAGAGAGGCGGGUGAGAGUGUGGAUGCUGACGAGAAUAUAAAGAGGCAGAGAACGGGCGAUAGUUAG